CCACCGGACCACGUGGUGGUCUUCAACGUCCAGCGGGACACGGACGCCCCCGGGGGCCACAUCCUCAACGUGAGCCUGUCGGUGGGCCAGCCGCCGGGGCCCGGGGGCGGGCCGCCCUUCCUGCCCUCCGAGGACCUGCAGGAGCGCCUGUACCUUAACCGCAGCUUGCUGACGGCCAUCUCAGCGCAGCGCGUGCUGCCCUUCGACGACAACAUCUGCCUGCGGGAGCCCUGCGAGAACUACAUGCGCUGUGUGUCGGUGCUGCGCUUCGACUCCUCUGCGCCCUUUAUCGCCUCCUCCUCCGUGCUCUUCCGGCCCAUCCACCCCGUCGGGGGUGUGCGCUGCCGCUGCCCGCCCGGCUUCACGGGUGACUACUGCGAGACCGAGGUGGACCUCUGCUACUCGCGGCCCUGUGGCCCCCACGGGCGGUGCCGCAGCCGCGAGGGCGGCUACACGUGCCUCUGUCGUGAUGGCUACACGGGUGAGCACUGUGAGGUGAGUGCUCGCUCAGGCCGUUGCACCCCGGGUGUCUGCAAGAACGGGGGCACCUGUGUCAACCUGCUGGUGGGCGGUUUCAAAUGUGAUUGCCCAUCUGGAGACUUCGAGAAGCCCUACUGCCAGGUGACCACGCGCAGCUUCCCUGCCCGCUCCUUCAUCACCUUUCGUGGCCUGCGCCAGCGUUUCCACUUCACCCUGGCCCUCUCGUUUGCCACAAAGGAGCGGGACGGGUUGCUGUUGUACAAUGGGCGUUUUAAUGAGAAGCAUGACUUUGUGGCCCUCGAGGUGAUCCAGGAGCAGGUCCAGCUCACCUUCUCUGCAGGGGAGUCAACCACCACGGUGUCCCCAUUCGUGCCCGGAGGAGUCAGUGAUGGCCAGUGGCAUACGGUGCAGCUGAAAUACUACAAUAAGCCACUGUUGGGUCAGACAGGGCUCCCGCAGGGCCCAUCAGAGCAGAAGGUGGCCGUGGUGACCGUGGAUGGCUGUGACACGGGGGUGGCCUUGCGCUUCGGAUCUGUCCUGGGCAACUACUCCUGUGCUGCCCAGGGCACCCAGGGUGGCAGCAAGAAGUCUCUGGAUCUGACGGGGCCCCUGCUACUAGGCGGAGUGCCCGACCUGCCUGAGAGCUUCCCAGUCCGAAUGCGGCACUUCGUGGGCUGCAUGCGGAACCUGCAGGUGGACAGCCGGCACAUAGACAUGGCUGACUUCAUUGCCAACAAUGGCACUGUGCCUGGCUGCCCUGCCAAGAAGAACGUGUGUGACAGCAACACUUGCCACAAUGGGGGCACCUGCGUGAACCAGUGGGACGCGUUCAGCUGCGAGUGCCCCCUGGGCUUCGGGGGCAAGAGCUGCGCCCAGGAAAUGGCCAAUCCACAGCACUUCCUGGGCAGCAGCCUGGUGGCCUGGCAUGGCCUCUCGCUGCCCAUCUCCCAACCCUGGCACCUCAACCUCAUGUUCCGCACUCGCCAGGCCGACGGUGUCCUGCUGCAGGCCGUCACCAGGGGGCGCAGCACCAUCACCCUACAGCUACGGGAGGGCCACGUGGUGCUGAGCGUAGAGGGCACAGGGCUCCAGGCCUCCUCUCUCCGUCUGGAGCCAGGUCGGGCCAAUGACGGUGACUGGCACCAUGCACAGCUGGCACUGGGAGCCAGUGGGGGGCCCGGCCAUGCCAUUCUGUCCUUCGAUUAUGGGCAGCAGAGAGCAGAGGGCAACCUGGGCCCCCGGCUGCAUGGUCUGCACCUGAGCAACAUAACAGUGGGCGGAGUACCUGGGCCAGCCGGCGGUGUGGCCCGUGGCUUUCGGGGCUGUUUGCAGGGUGUGCGGGUGAGCGAUACGCCGGAGGGGGUUAACAGCCUGGAUCCCAGCCGUGGGGAGAGCAUCAACGUUGAGCAAGGCUGUAGCCUGCCUGACCCUUGUGACUCAAACCCGUGUCCUGCCAACAGCUAUUGCAGCAAUGACUGGGACAGCUAUUCCUGCAGCUGUGAUCCGGGUUACUAUGGUGACAACUGUACUAAUGCGUGUGACCUGAACCCGUGUGAGCACCAGUCCGUGUGUACCCGCAAGCCCAGUGCCCCCCAUGGCUAUACCUGCGAGUGUCCCCCAAAUUACCUUGGGCCAUACUGUGAGACCAGAAUUGACCAGCCUUGUCCCCGUGGCUGGUGGGGACAUCCCACAUGUGGCCCAUGCAACUGUGAUGUCAGCAAAGGCUUUGACCCAGACUGCAACAAGACAAGCGGCGAGUGCCACUGCAAGGAGAACCACUACCGGCCCCCAGGCAGCCCCACCUGCCUCUUGUGUGACUGCUACCCCACAGGCUCCUUGUCCAGAGUCUGUGACCCUGAGGACGGCCAGUGUCCAUGCAAGCCAGGUGUCAUCGGGCGUCAGUGUGACCGCUGUGACAACCCUUUUGCUGAGGUCACCACCAAUGGCUGUGAAGUGAAUUAUGACAGCUGCCCACGAGCAAUUGAAGCUGGGAUCUGGUGGCCCCGUACCCGCUUCGGGCUGCCCGCUGCUGCUCCCUGUCCCAAAGGCUCCUUUGGGACUGCUGUGCGCCACUGUGAUGAGCACAGGGGGUGGCUCCCCCCAAACCUCUUCAACUGCACGUCCGUCACCUUCUCAGAACUGAAGGGCUUCGCCGAGCGGCUACAGCGGAAUGAGUCAGGCCUAGACUCAGGGCGCUCCCAGCGGCUGGCCCUGCUCCUGCGCAAUGCCACGCAGCACACAGUUGGCUACUUCGGCAGCGACGUCAAGGUGGCCUACCAGCUGGCCACACGGCUGCUGGCCCACGAGAGCGCCCAGCGGGGCUUCGGGCUGUCUGCCACGCAGGACGUGCACUUCACUGAGAAUCUGCUGCGGGUGGGCAGCGCCCUCCUGGAUGCAGCCAACAAGCGGCACUGGGAGCUGAUCCAGCAGACAGAGGGUGGCACCGCCUGGCUGCUCCAGCACUAUGAGGCCUAUGCCAGCGCCCUGGCCCAGAACAUGCGGCACACCUACCUAAGCCCCUUCACCAUCGUCACACCCAACAUUGUCAUCUCUGUAGUGCGCUUGGACAAGGGGAACUUUGCUGGGGCCAAGCUGCCCCGCUAUGAGGCCCUGCGUGGGGAGCAGCCCCCGGAUCUUGAGACAACAGUCAUUCUGCCGGAGUCUGUCUUCAGAGAGACGCCCCCCGUGGUCAGGCCCGCAGGCCCCGGAGAGGCCCAGGAGCCAGAGGAGCUAGCACGGCGACAGCGACGGCACCCGGAGCUGAGCCAGGGUGAGGCUGUGGCCAGCGUCAUCAUCUACCGCACCCUGGCCGGGCUCCUGCCCCAUAACUAUGACCCUGACAAGCGCAGCCUGAGAGUCCCCAAACGCCCGAUCAUCAACACGCCUGUGGUGAGCAUCAGUGUCCAUGACGAUGAGGAGCUUCUGCCCCGGGCCCUGGACAAGCCCAUCACGGUGCAGUUCCGCCUACUGGAGACAGAGGAGCGAACCAAGCCCAUCUGUGUCUUCUGGAACCACUCGAUCCUGGUCAGUGGCACAGGUGGUUGGUCGGCCAGAGGCUGUGAAGUCGUCUUCCGCAACGAGAGCCAUGUCAGCUGCCAGUGCAACCACAUGACGAGCUUCGCUGUGCUCAUGGAUGUGUCUCGGCGGGAGAAUGGGGAGAUCCUGCCACUGAAGACACUGACAUAUGUGGCUCUAGGUGUCACCUUGGCUGCCCUUCUGCUCACCUUCUUCUUCCUCACUCUCUUGCGUAUCCUGCGCUCCAACCAACACGGCAUCCGACGGAACCUGACAGCCGCCCUGGGCCUGGCUCAGCUGGUCUUCCUCCUGGGAAUCAACCAGGCUGACCUCCCUUUUGCCUGCACAGUCAUUGCCAUCCUGCUGCACUUCCUGUACCUCUGCACCUUUUCCUGGGCUCUGCUGGAGGCCUUGCACCUGUACCGGGCACUCACUGAGGUGCGCGACGUCAACGCCGGCCCCAUGCGCUUCUACUACAUGCUAGGCUGGGGUGUGCCUGCCUUCAUCACAGGGCUAGCCGUGGGCCUGGACCCCGAGGGCUAUGGGAAUCCUGACUUCUGCUGGCUCUCCAUCUACGACACGCUCAUCUGGAGUUUUGCUGGCCCAGUGGCCUUUGCGGUCUCGAUGAGUGUCUUCCUGUACAUCCUGGCGGCCCGGGCCUCCUGUGCUGCCCAGCGGCAGGGCUUUGAGAAGAAAGGUCCUGUCUCGGGUCUGCAGCCCUCCUUCGCCGUCCUCCUGCUGCUGAGUGCCACGUGGCUGCUGGCACUGCUCUCUGUCAACAGCGACACCCUCCUCUUCCACUACCUCUUUGCUGCCUGCAAUUGCAUCCAGGGCCCCUUCAUCUUCCUCUCCUAUGUGGUGCUUAGCAAGGAGGUCCGGAAAGCACUCAAGCUUGCCUGCAGCCGCAAGCCCAGCCCUGACCCUGCUCUGACCACCAAGUCCACCCUGACCUCGUCCUACAACUGCCCCAGCCCUUACACAGACGGGCGACUGUACCAGCCCUACGGAGACUCGGCCGGCUCUCUGCACAGCGCCAGCCGCUCGGGCAAGAGUCAGCCCAGCUACAUCCCCUUCUUGCUGAGGGAGGAGUCCACACUGAACCCUGGCCAAGGGCCCCCUGGCCUGGGGGAUCCAGGCAGCCUGUUCCUGGAAGGUCAAGACCAGCAGCAUGAUCCCGACACAGACUCCGACAGUGACCUGUCCUUAGAAGAUGACCAGAGUGGCUCCUAUGCCUCUACCCACUCAUCAGACAGUGAGGAGGAAGAAGAGGAGGAGGAAGAGGAGGCUGCCUUCCCUGGAGAGCAGGGCUGGGAUAGCCUGCUGGGGCCUGGAGCCGAGAGACUGCCCCUGCACAGUACCCCCAAGGAUGGGGCCCCAGGGCCUGGGAAGGCCCCCUGGCCAGGAGACUUUGGGACCACAGCAAAGGAGAGUAGUGGCAAUGGGGCCCCUGAGGAGCGGCUGCGGGAGAAUGGAGAUGCCCUGUCUCGAGAGGGGUCCCUAGGCCCCCUUCCAGGCUCUUCUGCCCAGCCUCACAAAGGCAUCCUUAAGAAGAAGUGUCUGCCCACCAUCAGUGAGAAGAGCAGCCUCCUGCGGCUCCCCCUGGAGCAGUGCACUGGGUCUUCCCGGGGCUCCUCUGCCAGUGAGGGCAGCCGGGGCGGCCCCCCUCCCCGCCCACCGCCCCGGCAGAGCCUCCAGGAGCAGCUGAAUGGGGUCAUGCCCAUCGCCAUGAGCAUCAAGGCAGGCACGGUGGAUGAGGAUUCAUCAGGCUCCGACAGCGACGAAACGUCCAUCUGAGGAGCCUGGGCCUUGCCAGGAGGGGUACCCACCCCACCUAAGGCCACCUAGUGCCAACUCCCCCCCUACCAUUCCCCUCACUGCACUUUGGACCCCUGGGGCCAACAUCUCCAAGACAAAGUUUUUCAGAAAAGAGGAAAAAAAGAAUUUAAAAAAGGAUCUCCACUCUUCAUGACUUCAGGGAUUCAUUUUUUUUAUACGCUGGAAAUUGACUCCCCUUUCCCUUCCCAAAGAGGAUAGGACCUCCCAGGAUGCUUCCCAGCCUCCCCUCAGUUUCCCAUCUGCUGUGCCUCUGGGAGGAGAGGGAUUCCUGGGGGGCCUGCCCCUCAUUCGCCAUCACCAAAAGGAAAGGACAAAGCCACAUGCACCCAGGGCGUCACACCCUUCGGGCUGCACCCGGGCAGGCCUCAGAACAGUGAGGGGCCGGGGCAAAGGGUGCGCCUCGCCCUGCCCGCGCUGCCUCUCCCAGGAACUGGAAAAGCCCUGUCUGGCGAGGGGGCAGAAGGACUCAGUGCCCCCGGACCCCCAAAUGCUGCAUGAACACAUUUUCAGGGGAGCCUGUGCCCCCAGGCGGGGGUCGGGCAGCCCCAGCCCCUCUCCUUUUCCUGGACUCUGGCCGUGCACGGCAGCCCAGGUGUUUGCUCAGUUGCUGACCCAAAAGUGCUUCAUUUUUCCUGCCCGCCCCGCACCUGGGGCAGGCCAGUCAUGUGUUAAGUUGCGCUUCUUUGCUGUGGUGUGGGUGGGGGAGGAAGAGUAAACACAGUGCUGGCUCGGCUGCCCGGAGGGUGCUCAAGCACAGGUUUCAAGUCUGGGUCCUGGUGUCCACUCACCCACCCGCCCCCAAUAUCAGACAAAUGCUACUUUGUCUAACCUGCUGUGGCCUCUGAGACAUGUUCUAUUUUUAACCCCUUCUUGGAAUUGGCUCUCUUCUUCAAAGGACUGGGUCCUGUUCCUGUUUCUCCCCGACUCCACCCCAACUCCCUGUGAAGAGAGAGUUAAUAUAUUUGUUUUAUUUAUUUGCUUUGUGUGUUGGGAUGGGUUCGUGUCCAGUCCCGGGGGUCUGAUAUGGCCAUCACAGGCUGGGUGUGUUCCCAGCAGCCCUGGCUUGGGGGCUCGAUGCCCUUCCCCUUGCCCCAGGCCGCCGUCUCCCCACCUCUCCUCCCCUCUCCUCAGUUUUGCCGACUGCUUUUCAUCUGAGUCACCAUUUACUCCAAGCAUGUAUUCCAGACUUGUCACUGACUUUCCUUCUGGAGCAGGUGGCUAGAAAAAGAGGCUGUGGGCAGGAAAGAAAGGCUCCUGUUUCUCGUUUGUGAGGCCGGCCUCUGGCUUUUCUGCCAUGGAUUCUCCCCCUGUCUUCUCCCCUCAGCAAUUCCUGCAAAGGGUUAAAAAUUUAACUGGUUUUUACUACUGAUGACUUGAUUUGAAAAAAAUACAAAGAUGCUGGAUGCUAACUUGAUACUAACCAUCAGAUUGUACAGUUCGGUUGUUGCUGUAAAUAUGGUAGUGUUUUGUUGUUGUUGUUUUUUCAUGCCCCAUACUACUGAAUAAACUAGUUCUGUGCGGGUACA